CACAACAUUGUGUCACCGUCUGACUGAAGAGUGAGUCUCGUUUGUUUACACUUCCUCGUACAAGACUUGUGUAAGUUUGAUGAGGCGUAGUCCUGAUUUCUGAUGAUGAUCGGUGCCCGAAGAAUCGGGUAGGCUCUGAUAACUGCAAAUCAAGGACAUGUAUGUGUAAGAGGACCGUUCUCUCAGGUUUUCAGAAUGUUUAAAAAAGCAUCCAAGCUGUUUAGCCGGACCGAUAAAGACAAAGAGAAUUCCUCAAAAGAGGUUUCAGAGGCUGAGGUGCUGGGUGUCUAUAUUGAGCCAUUCUUUUAUGGCCGCAUCACUCGUCAAGAGGCGGAGGACGUUUUGAAGGUCAAUGGGAAUGCUGAUGGCCUCUAUCUGCUGAGAGAAAGCUUCACACCAAUGGGGAACUUUUCCCUCUCUAUAUCACACAAUGGCGAGGCUAUACAUUAUGCUAUUCUGAAGCAAAUUGAUGGCAAAUUCCAGAUAUCGGACGGGGUAGCUUUCAGUGACCCAGUGUCCCUGAUCGAGCACUACAGGAGUUCCAAAAAAGGAUUUCUCACUGUUCCGAAAACCCCAUGUCUAAGAAUCCCUCCACAAGAAGCCAUUGCAUGUAGGGGGCUCAGUUAUACUGAGCUUCACUCUCGUAUGAAAACAGCUGCUCAAAAAAUGAAUGCAAAUAUAGCGAAAGCCUUUGGACCACUGCGUGAACCUCUUUUGGUUCACGUCUUAAAGACAAUUCACAAGGACAUGCCAUGGUUCCAUGGAGAAAUCUCACGAGAUGAAGGCAACAAAAGACUGGAGAUGGAUGGACAUAAAGAUGGCAAAUUCUUGAUCAGAUCACGUGCUGACGGUCAGUCAUUUGCUCUGACAAUGAGUCAUGAAUUCAAUCUUCGUCAUUAUUGUAUCCUUGUCAGUGAUGGAGAAACGUACUCAAUAGAGAAUGGAAAUAAAUUCCAAGCCCUUACCAUUCUAGUGGACCACUAUCACAACAAACGGGAUGGUCUCCCUUGCAAACUUGAAAUGCCAGUGCCCAACCCAGAUACCCGACACCGGGUUUGGAAAGAAUACCAACAACUCAGCACAGAUUUGACUCAAAAGCCAGGACACAAGCCCGAUCAGCCUGGUUCAAAAAAACCCCUACGACCCGUCCCUCCCAUCCCAUUAGACGAUUGUUUUCCCGUGUCUCCGUCAACCCCAACAGAGAAUGGGGCCUGCUUUAUUGCGCCUGGGUCUUCACCAAGUUUAGAGCGACCUCCUCCACACAAGUGUUGGGAAGAUGAGGAGGAGCUGGAGGAUCAAGAUAGUACGCAAUUUCGUAGCUUGACAGUGGAGGAAGCUGAGGAACAGGAGAAGAUCUACAGUGACAUCAGGUUGGACGUCAUGAACCGUGGCCUCAACCCAGACCAAGUGACCCUGUCAGAAAACUUGGGUUCUGGUCAGUUUGGCGAGGUCAAGAAAGGUGUGUGCAGACUGAUGGGCAAAGAUAUCCGUGUGGCUGUAAAGACUUUGAAAAAUAAUGAUCGUGAAGCUGAGUCUGAGAUCAUGAAGGAGGCAGAGCUGAUGAAGAAGCUGGAUCAUCCUCACAUCGUGCGCAUGAUAGGUGUUUGUAAAAGCAACAGCCUGAUGCUGGUGCUGGAGCUUGCUGAACUGGGCCCGUUGAAAAAGUAUCUGGAGAGACACAAAGAAAUGAGAACAUGGCACCUUCUUGAGCUGGCGACCCAGAUUUGUGACGGCAUGAGGUACUUGGAGCAGCAUGACGUGGUGCAUCGAGAUCUCGCCACCCGCAAUGUUUUGCUUCUGACAGAGCAUUUCGCCAAGAUCAGCGACUUUGGCAUGUCUCGCAUGGUGGACAGUUCAGAGUAUUACUUAGCUCACGUCCCCGGCAAAUGGCCUCUGAUGUGGUACGCCCCGGAAUGUUUGUACUAUCACAAGUUUGACACGAAGUCGGACGUUUGGAGCUUCGGUGUCACCCUGUGGGAGAUCAUGUCUUUCGGCGCUCGCCCUUAUGCUCAUAAAAAGCCACCCCAAAUUCUGGCCUUCCUUGAAGAAGGUCAUCGGAUGGCCAAGCCAAAAGAUUGUGAUGAUCGAAUCUACAACAUUAUGCUGUCCUGCUGGCAUUUUCAAAAAGAGAAACGACCAACUUUUGCGGAGCUCCAUCCCAAGCUGAACAAAUUGUUCUCGGACUUUCAAGAGCACUAAUUCUUUCAUCUGGUACGGUAUGUGACUUACCAAAUCCUGUCUGUGUUAUCCAGUACUUUGUUGGUUUCCCAUAAUCAGUUCUUGGGGUCUGUAGUGCAAACAGCCAUGAGAUCCUAAAAUGCAAAAUGGUUGAAAGGAUGCACGUUUACUGAGGUUUUUUCUUGUCUAAGUCAAGCGGCAAAUGAGGCCUUAUCAACCCUUGGACUGUGAAGACCUGAAUCAUACAGAUGAUGAGUAGAAGUAUUGUUGAGUAUGAAAGUAAUUUUAUAUACAGUAUAACACGGAUAGGUCGAACACAGAAGACUCUAAAUCACGCAUCUGUCGAACUGUGCCUUCUGUAUUGAGGUUUUUUUUUCUUUGCACGAUAUCCCUGGAACUACAGAUCCCUUGAACAAGCGAGGCCGGUCCCGACGUAUUCGAGCUGUCCAUGUUGUACUGUACUUCCCUGAUUGUAACUUACAGUAAGAAUGUGUCUAUUUGGAAGGAAAGGGUUCUGAGAGUUUUGAGAGUUUCCUCUUGAACUGAUCCAGUCAAACUUGAUUUUUUGGCUCCAAGUACUCCUAGUUCUGAAGGGGGACCGAAAUAGAACCAAAAACUGAACUUAUAUGAAGAGCUAGAGGCUUAGCUGAUAAGAGUUCAACUUAAAAUGUUUUAAGGUCACCAAUCUCUUUUAUUGCCAUAAAUUAUAGACUUACUUCAAAGGACAAAGAUUCCUGGAAAAUGACUAAAAACCUUAACAGGCAUCUUUUGGAUGUUUUAAGGUCACCAAUCUCUUUUAUUGCCAUAAAUUAUAGACUUACUUCAAAGGACAAAGAUUCCUGGAAAAUGACUAAAAACCUUAACAGGCAUCUUUUGGAUGUUUUAAGGUCACCAAUCUCUUUUAUUGCCAUAAAUUAUAGACUUACUUCAAAGGACAAAGAUUCCUGGAAAAUGACUAAAAACCUUAACAGGCAUCUUUUGGGUGUUUUGUGUGAUAAGAUACACAACUGUGGGACUGGUACAAAACAGUGGACAAAUUCAUCUCAUGGUUCAUAAAUUUGCACUGGUGGUCAAAUCAAGUUACAACUGUUGGGAAAAUGUGAAGGAAAGGAGUCUUAUCUGACAGUUCCUCGGGUCCUGUGCUUCAGAUCAUUUCCAAGAUUAGUUUCCCGUAUUUCUGUGAUCAGCUCACUGUUUGUACUUUGAUGAGAGGUUAUUUUGAAUUUUUGUGUUCAUAAUGAAAAAGACUUUUUGUUCACUGUUGACUGAAGAAGAUUGAGUAAUAUAUUGAGUGUUUUUCCCUCAAGUGUUCAUGUCUUCAGUGUCAUAAUAGAUUUACCUACUGUCAUCUUGAUACAAAAGCUGUCCCGAAAUUGAAGUGAAAAUGGCCAUAACUAUUAACUUGGUUAUUUAAUCUUAAUGAAAUUUCAGCAUAAUGUACUAACUUUAUUUAUCUACUUCUGAAUGUGACUCCUGCGAAAAUCGUAUCAUUCUAGAAGUGAUCUUGUGAUCUUCUGUCAAUUGUUUUGGCACCCAGUGAGCCGAAACUUUACGGUGUCCAAGCUGAUUAUGCACACUUCUAUAAACAACAAUCUUCCAAGAUGUCCAGAUCAUCAGCUGCCAGUCUUCAGAAAUCUUUCGGUCACAGAAGACUAGACAGACCAACAGUGUGAAUCAUCUGCAAGAUUUGAAUGCUCUGCCUUGAACAUGUGCGUAGAGAUAGACUUGUUUUUUGCUCAUUCCAUUUCCAUCUUUACCGUAGACAAAAAACAAGUUCAAGAUGAAUUUCAGUUUCAUUUCUCCCUUUCAUGUGCUAAAAUUUUACAAUACCUCUAGCCUCUGACCACUUUCAAUGAUGGUCUGGUAGCCAUAUUUCUUCUACCAUCACUCAUUGGUGCAUUUGAGGAUACAGACCUGCCAUGUAAUCCCAGUUGAACCCACUCAGUGCUGCUCGAUGUGCAGUAGGAAGAUGGCUCAGGACCACGCAAAGGGGAAUAAAUCCCAGUUGAAACCACUCAGUGCCGCUGGAUUUGCAGUAGGAAGAUGGCUCAGGGCCACGCAAAGGGGAAUAAAUCCAUGUUUGUGAUGUAGUAGGUAUUUUUAAAAAAUCAUUAUAGAAUAACCAAUCCAUUGAUCAAAAAAAAAUCUUGAAACGAGUUCUUCACAAAUGAAUAUAUUUUAAUUUAAAAAAUUA